AUGCUAGCAUCCGGUAAUGUUUUACCUGUCAAGAUUUCACCUCCACUGCUGAGGCCUAUGGCGUACAGAGUCCUCUCCAAGAAAUAUGGACUGAAUCUUAAGUCUGAUGGAUUGGCAGCGUUGGCAGAAUUCGUUGGUAAUACCUUUGGAAUGGAUUGGAAAAAAAGCAGCGAAUCUGUCCAAUUCUUGGAGAGUUUUGCUAGCGUUUGGAGACAACAGGAAAGAGGAUUAUUCGUCGAUAGACAAGGUGUAUUGGAAGUUAUCAAUGAAAUCAAAGAGAGACAAAAGACCAACAGAGAAGAGGUUCAACAACAACCACAGCAACGACCUGCAGUUAAAAAUGUACCGAUUGACCAGUUUUUAAAACCUCAGAAUCAAGAAAGGGAUGGAAGUUCAUCACCUCCACAACCACCUGCUACAGGGACACCUGAGCCUGAACAAAUGGAUCAAGACGCAACAGACGACGAUGAAGAUCAUUUGGACUGGAAAGAAUAUUUUAAAAUUGUUAACGCCAAUGAACAACCUAGAUUUAACUACGAUCCCGUCAAGAUGCAGUUUAUCCCAAGUGCCCGGAAGUCGAAACCACUUAACAAUGAAUUUAAAUUACCGGAAAUCAAGGACUAUGCAACACUUUUCUCUACAAGAUAUUACCUGGUCAGAGAUAGAGUUAUGAGAAAUGAGAAUUUCCAAAACGUUGAUACUUUAAACCCGCUGUCGUCGAUGGUUGGGUUACAACAGGAAUUACAAAAUGGGAAAUCAUCAAAUUCUAACAAUAUGGUUAUUACGCAGAUCAAAAACUUGAUUGGGCGUGAUGGUCAAAAUUUCUUAUUGUUAGGGCUGUUAAGAACCAACGCUAAGGGUAAUUGGUGCCUUGAAGACCCUUCAGGGUCGAUAGAGAUAGAUAUUUCACAGACUUUGCCCACAAGUGGGUCUUACUAUGUGAGCGGCUGUUUUGUCUUAGCAGAAGGUAUUUACUUCACAGCAGGUAACAAAUUCCACGUUGCCUCUAUCACGCAUCCACCUGGUGAAAGAAGAGAUUUCACCUUAAACGCCAUUGGUAACUUAGAUAUGCUGGGACUUCACAGCCCUUCAAACUCAAGCUUGGUACCUCGACUAGAUAAGGAUCUAAAGAUUAGAUUACACCUUCUGGAAAAAGAGCUGGUAGAUCAUAAAUUCGUUAUCCUAGGUGGUGAUAUGUUUUUAGAUCAAUUGUCCACAAUGGAGGCCCUCCGCAAAGUUCUUACCAUACUCGAUGAAAAUCCACCAACUGUAAUAGUUUUCCAGGGCUCUUUCUCUACGACCCCAGUUCACGCUUCAUUAAGCAGCAAGACUACUAGUUUAAGCACUCAUUACAAGAACAACUUCGAUACUUUAGCAACACUCUUAGCUCGUUUCGAAAACAUCGUGGAGAAUUCUACUUUGGUCUUCGUUCCAGGUGUAAACGAUCCCUGGAAAUCGAUGAUUUCCUUGGGGGCUGCAUAUUCAUGGCCUCAAAGAUCGAUACCGUCAUCAUUCACUCAAAAGAUGGAUAAGGUCUGCAAAAAUAUCAUCUGGGCGUCAAAUCCAACGAGAAUUGCAUACAUAUCUCAAGAGAUAGUCAUUGCAAGAGACGACAUCUCUCAAAGGUUGAGAAGGCACAGUGUAGAAUUUCCAACAGUAGAAGAAUCCAAAGAACAAGAAUUGAUAGAGUUCCAACAACAAAUGCAAAGGAGAAAAGAAGCUGAUGCUACUUCAAUCCACGAAUUGUUUAAAAGUACAGAUCAACUGCCUGCUAAAGUCAAAGAAUCGAGAAAACUAGUUAAAACACUUUUAGACCAAGGUCAUUUGAGUCCCUUUACAACCAAUGUGCGUCCAGUCGUUUGGGAUUUAGACCACGCAUUGACCAUGCAUCCAAUUCCUUCCACUUUGAUCCUAGAUGAUACCACUGCCUCUCCAUUCGAUGUGACCUAUAACGGUUGUAAAGCUAUUAAUCCAGGUAAAUUCAUCAGCGGUAGGCGUGCAAAGUAUAUGGAUUAUACACCAUCCUCCAAGAAAGUCUCACAAGAAGAAGUAUUCUUCUAG